AGUUUCAUUUGGUUUCAUAUUUUCAUUAAUGCUUUCAGUCAUAAAUUUUGAUUAAAAUUUUAGUGCGAUGACAAACAAUAGUCUCUUAUUAAAAGCAAGCUUUUUGAGGAAUCCUUCACAAAAUGGUGUUGGAAGAUAUGUUUGUCAACUUCAGAGGGUCGUACUUAAGUUUUGCAAAAAUCAUGGAGCCAGUAGGGGUUUGAGGGAAUUCAUUGAGGAGGACUUGGUAGAUUUCGCAAAGACAAAUCCUGGUGUAGUUGUUUAUUUGAAACCCAGAAGACAUCGGGGACCUGUGAUCAAAGCAGAAUAUUUAAAUGGUCAAACACAAUGGCUCAGUUGUAGAAAUUUCACUAAGGAUGAAAUAAAUAAAUGGUUAAAUCUGUUCAAAACUCAACAAGGGGAUAAAGAAGGAAUAAGGUUAAGGAAGUUGUGGCAUACAGAGGUUCCUUCUAUUCAAGGACCUUGGACCCCCUAUACUUUUAGACCCCCUUCUCUGAAUGUAGUUGAAUAUCCUAAUGAAAAUUUAUCUGCAGCCAAAGAAGAAAAAAGUGCAACUGAAGAAUUGAUCGAAUUAUUUGAAAAACAAAAACUUGAAAGUUUAAAAUUGGAAAAAACAGGAGAAUAGUCAUGUACAAAGUGUUAGUAAAGUUUUCUAGAUUG